CUGGGAUCAGGCCAGAGCUUCAAGAUGGUGCAUUAUGCUUUUUGGUGAUAAGGUCGGCUGUUACGUCGUGAUAUAUCGUGCCACUUCCCGCCCUGAGCUCAUCCCAAGGCCCCAGAUUGUCUGUCCUCUUCUUUUCCGCUGUUCAGGCUUUGACUGCUCCUGACCCCUGACCUCUCACAAUGUCUUCUCCACGCGGCUAUAGCUUCAGUGAGAAAAAGGAUGGGUUACCCCCUCAUAUGCUGGACGAAACCCCCAUCGCCCGGGGCGUGCGUACCCAUUCUCAGAGCGACGACGACGAAGAGCACGCUGUGAGACGCGGCUCACGCAAGCAAUCCGUCGUGGCGUCCAUCAAGGCUAACUAUGGUCUGGCCGAAACACCUAGCUAUCCCGGCAGUAUCGAGGUGGGAUAUGACAGCACCCAUCGAAAAUUGAAGCCGAGACAUAUUCAGCUCAUAGGCAUUGGUGGGACGAUUGGCACGGCCCUGUACGUGCAGAUCGGACGGGGUUUGCUCAAUGGUGGACCUGGGAGCUUGUUUCUGGCUUUUACCAUCUGGUGCACAUUCAUUCUCUGUGUCACAAACUGCAUGGCCGAGAUGGUCACCUAUCUCCCCAUCUCUUCGCCCUUCAUCCGAUUUGCAGGCCGCUAUGUCGACGAAGCCUUUGGCGUUGCCGCAGGCUACAACUUCUUCGUGUUCGAAGCGAUGCUGGUCCCCUUUGAAAUCGUGGCAUGCAACGUCAUUAUCCACUUCUGGAGCGACAUCGUUCCUGCCGGUGGGAUUAUCGCGAUUGUGAUUGUCUGCUAUGCCCUGGUCAAUCUGUUUGCUGUGCAAUGGUACGGUGAGACCGAGUUCUGGCUCGCGCUGGGGAAAGUCCUCCUGAUUGUGGGGUUGAUCAUAUACACGUUUAUCGCCAUGCUGGGCGGCAACCCACUUGGUGACCGAUUCGGCUUUCGAUAUUGGAACAACCCAGGCUCCUUCACGGAACUCUACUAUGACGGCUCACUGGGGAGGUUUCUUGGGUUUCUGCAGUGUCUGAUUCAGGCCUCCUUCACCAUCGCGGGACCCGACUACGUCUCCAUGGCAGCCGGCGAGGCUGAGAAUCCACGCAAAGUCCUGCCCAAGGCGUUCAAGGCCGUCUUCUACCGCCUCACGGCCUUCUUCAUGCUGGGCUCUCUCUGCGUCGGCAUCCUCGUGCCGUACAACGAUCCUGAACUGACCGAGGCCUUUUCGACGGGGAAGCCCGGCGCCGCGGCGUCGCCGUACGUGGUGUCCAUGAACCGCCUGCGCAUCAAGGUGCUCCCACACAUCGUCAACGCCAUGGUUCUCGGCAGCGCGUUCUCGGCCGGAAACAGCUAUGUCUACUGCGCCAGUCGGAGCCUGUUUGGGCUGGCGCUCGAGGGCAAAGCGCCCCGAAUCUUCACGCGCUGCACCAAGAACGGGGUGCCGGUCUACUGCGUGGCGUUGGUGCUGUUGAUCAGUCUGCUGAGCUUUCUGCAAGUCAGCAACGACGCCGCCGUGGUGUUGAGCUGGUUUGUCAAUCUGGUGACGGCGUCCCAACUCAUCAACUUCUCCGUCAUGGCCUUCACGUUCCUCAAGUUCAAGCGCGCCCUCGAGGCCCAGGGCAUCGACCGCAACACCCUGCCGUACAAGUCGUGGUGGCAGCCCUUCUCGGCCUACUACGCGCUAACGGGCUGCUUCAUCAUGACCUUUGUGGGCGGCUACACGGUCUUUCUGCCGGGGUUCUGGGACGUGCCUAGCUUCCUGUUCAGCUACACCAUGAUCGGCGUGUUCCCCCUCCUGUUUGUCUUCUGGAAGUGGUUCAAGAAGACAAAGUGGUUGGGGCCCCUCGAGGUCGACCUCCACACCAGGGACAUGGAUGAGAUUGCCGAGUAUGAGCGGAACUAUGUGCCUCGGCCGCCUAGGAACGCCUUCAUGAAAUACUUUGACAAGAUCUUUAGCUAAAACUCCACAUAACCGUUCAACUGAGGCGGAGGCUGUUAAAGACAGACCUACAGCUGUGAGCCCGUAUCCCUUCUAGGCCUGUCCCGAGCCACUGGAGGCUAUCUUUACGGUCGUUAGCAUUUCAUCUACUAGAUUUGAACCUGUGCCUCCGAAGAGAUGUGAUAACCUAGAACGAGGUCUAGCCACACUGGGGGCUAUCUAGUGUAUAGGCAAUCAAAUAAUUGCAUAGAGUCAGCAAUUCCUCUGCUUGCUCUAUGGCAGACUGAUG